AUGCUUUUAAGAUUAAGUAAAAUGGAUAUCAAUGUGAUUAAAUAUAAGGCCAUAUCUGAAGAGCCAGAUGAAUCAGAUGAUAGUUAUUUUAACAUUGAAGUACUUGAUAACCAAGAUAUCAAUAUACAA